UCCGAAAUGUCAAUGUCAAAUAUAGGUUAGUUUUAGGUUCGCCUUUUUUCGUUUAUUUAGCAAAAUAAUGCAAAAUAACACAGUGAAAUGCAGGAUAGGACCCUCGGUACUGAACGCGGACUUAUCGCAGCUCUACGCGGAAUCAAGGCGGUUACUUGACAAUGGGGCGGAUUACCUCCAUUUGGAUGUUAUGGACGGUCAUUUUGUUCCUAACCUCACCUUCGGCCACCCCGUAGUCAAAUGCCUUAGGAAAAAGAUUCCCAACACCUUUUUUGAGACCCACAUGAUGGUACAGGAACCCCAAAAGUGGAUCGAGCCUAUGUCAGACGCGGGUGUAAGCCAAUACACAUUCCAUAUAGAACCAGUGAUAAAAGAUGUGCUUCCAAUAUGUCGUAAGGUGAGAGAGGCUGGAAUGAAAGUGGGGCUAGCAUUGAAACCCGGUACUGGAAUAGAAGCUGUUAGACAAUACAUCGAUCACGCUGAUAUGAUUUUAAUUAUGACAGUUGAACCAGGUUUUGGGGGACAAAAAUUUAUGUCAGACAUGAUGCCUAAGGUGCAAUGGUUGCGACACAACUAUCCUUUACUAGAUAUCGAAGUUGACGGUGGUGUAGGAUUAAAUACCAUUAAUGCCUGUGCUGAGGCUGGUGCUAACAUGAUCGUAGCGGGUACCGCGGUAAUCGGCGCCUGCGAUCAACGAUCGGUGAUCGCGAGUUUGCGAGAGACAGUAGAAAGCUCAAUUCAUAAAUGCAAUGUUUAAGUCUGUACGCAUAUGUGAUAAUACAAAUAAAAAUAGGGAAACA